GCUAUUCCAUGGAGAUCCCUAGCCAUUAUUUCCCCUUAUCCAUCUUCUUCAUGCACUGCCUAAUGGUUUGCUUGACCAUUAAUGCCAAUACGAAUAUCGCAACUGACAAGCAUGCCCUUCUUUCUCUGAAAUCUAAAAUUUCUUUCGAUCCUUAUAGCAUCUUAGCAAACAAUUGGUCCAUUAAUAGCAUAUCUCCUUGCCACUGGAUUGGAGUCACUUGUGGCUCUCGCCACAAUAGAGUAACCACUUUGGAUCUUUCCAACAUGGGUCUUGUUGGAGAGUUAACUCCAGACUUGGGAAAUCUUUCUUUUCUUGUUUCACUCAACUUGAGCCAGAACAAUUUCCAGAAUUCUUUCCCACAAGAACUUUAUCAAUUGCGACGCCUCAAAUCUCUCUGUUGUAGCUUCAAUAACUUUAGUGGGAAGAUUCCAUCUUGGCUUGGUCUCUUAUCUAAUCUCAAAUAUUUGUAUUUGGGGAAUAAUAACUUUAGUGGUUUCCUUCCCACCUCCCUUUUUAAUCUUUCAAAACUUGAAGUCUUGCAUUUAGGAGUCAAUUCUCUUCAAGGAAGUAUUCCUAGAGAAAUUGGAAAUCUUCCCCAACUAAAGUUGUUAAAUUUGAGCUAUAAUAAUCUUGAUGGGUCUUUUUCUUCGAGUAUUUUAAACUUGUCUAUGUUGGAAGUUUUAUCCCUUACGGCAAAUAACUUAUCUGGUGAUCUUCCUGUUGAUUUGGGAAAUUAUCUUCCUAGACUUCUACAAUUUAAUAUGCCCAGGAACAAAUUUAGUGGUGAAAUUCCAUCAAGUUUAUCUAAAUGCUCAUUGCUUCAAACAAUAUCUCUGGCUUACAACGAUUUUAGUGGUGAUAUUCCAUCAAGCUUAUCUAAAUGCUCAUUGCUUCAAACAAUAUCUCUUGCUUACAACGAUUUUAGUGGGAAUAUUCCAAAAUUUGAAAACUUAACAAAGCUUGAGUGGUUAGAGCUUGGACAAAACCGAUUAACAGGUGCUAUUCCAAAAGAGAUAUGCGCUCUAUCAUCCUUGCGUUAUCUUUAUUUAUAUAAUAAUGAACUCUCUGGAGCCAUACCAAAGGAAAUUGGGAACUUAACCACACUCGAGUCCCUAUAUAUUAGUAACAAUAGCAUAGAAGGUGCUAUUCCGAAAGAGAUAUGCGCUUUAUCAUCCUUGCGUUAUCUUUAUUUGUAUAAUAAUAACCUCUCUGGAGCAAUACCAAAGGAAAUUGGGAACUUAACCACACUCGAGUCCCUAUAUAUUAAUAACAACAACAUAGAAGGGGUUGUUCCAAAGGAGAUGUGUGCUUUGUCAUUCUUAUACUAUCUUUAUUUAGAGGACAACAAACUCUCUGGAAUUAUACCAAUGGAAAUUGGGAAUUUAACCGCACUUCAGGCCUUGUAUAUGCAAAACAACAACUUUAAAGGUGCUAUUCCAAAAGAGAUAUGCGCUUUACCAUCCUUGCGUUAUCUUUAUUUAUCUAAUAAUGAACUCUCCGGAGCUAUACCAAAGGAAGUUGGAAACUUAACCACACUCAUGAUCCUUAUUAUUGGAAAGAACAACAUAGAAGGUGUUAUUCCAAAGGAGAUGUGCGCUUCGUCAUUUUUAUACUAUCUUUCUUUAGGGGACAACAAACUUUCUGGAAUUAUACCAAAGGAUAUUGGGAAUUUAACCGCACUCCAGGUCUUGUAUAUUGGAAACAAUAACAUCCAAGGUGCAAUACCACAAGAGUUGGAAAAACUUGAUAAGUUGGAGUAUUUAGAAUUAGGAUAUGCUAACUUAAGUGGAUCCAUACCGGUGGGAAUCUUCAACAUUUCUUCAUUAAAAUAUAUUUCACUUCUAGGCAAUAACCUUGUGGGCAACCUUCCUACAAGCAUGGGGCGUUAUCUAGCGGAUCUACAAGGACUCUAUCUUGAGGGCAAUUUCCUAUCUGGAGCGAUACCUGAUUCUAUCUCAAAUUGUUCUAAAAUUACCGUCUUAUGCAUUGGCAAUAAUAGAUUCAAUGGCUCAUUACCCACUUCUCUUGGUAACCUAAGGAACCUAGAACGAGUACAUGCAUUCAAUAACAAGUUCACAAACGGUGCAGCCUCACCAGAGCUAAGUAUCAUCAACUCCUUGGUAAAUUGCAAGUCUUUAGUUGAAAUACGCUUAGAUGAUAACCCUCUACAUGCUGUCCUUCCUGCAUCAGUGGGAAACCUUUCAUCAUCUCUUAUAUUUCUCUCAUUCAUGGGUUGUGGAUUAAAGGGUAUCAUUCCAAGUCAACUUGGCAACUUAAGUAACUUGAUUGACUUAUAUCUUCAUGGUAAUGAGUUGAAUGGGUUUAUUCCACCAAUGUUAGGUAGGGCACAAAAGCUUCAAAGGUUGCAUCUUGGUAAAAACAAAUUAGGUGGCCCCAUUCCUCAUAGCCUUUGUGAACUCCAAUCUCUAGGUGAAUUGGGAUUGAGCAAUAAUCAAGUGUCAGGUAGUUUACCAACUUGUUUUGGUAAUAUCACUUCCCUUAGACAUAUCUUUCUAGGUUCAAAUCGUUUGUCUUCUAGGAUAUCUUCAAGUUGGUGUUCUCUCGAAGAUUUAUUGGUGCUUGAUUUGAGUUCUAAUUUUCUAGAUGGAUCUCUACCCAUUGAAGUUAAUGGUUUAAAGGCACUUUAUUCUCUUGACUUGUCCAACAAUAUGAUCUCGGGGAAUAUCCCUAUCACUAUUGCACAAUUGCAGGGUUUGAACACUCUUUCUCUUGCGCACAAUAGACUAGAAGGAAAUAUUCCAGAGAAAAUAAGUCAAAUUGUUUCGUUGGAAUACUUGGACUUAUCGUUGAACAAACUCUCUGGUUCAAUUCCAGUGUCUUUGCAAGGACUUGCAUACCUCAAAUACUUCAAUGUGUCAUUCAAUGAAUUAAGCGGUGAAAUUCCAUCAAGUGGUUGUUUCAAAAAUCUCACAAGUGCAUCAUUUAUGUCUAAUGAAGGGUUAUGUGGAAUUCCAAGCUUUGAUGUUCCGCCUUGUCAUUCUACUCAUCAUUCAAAGAUUUAUAAAGUACUUCUCGUUGCACUUGCAUCUUUAGGAGCUACACUGAUGAUUACUUUUGUAAUUAUUGCACUUAUCCUUAGAAAGAAACAAAAGAAAAGUACAAUUCCAAGUACAAAGGAUAUCCACACCCCAUGGAUUUCUUAUGCUGAACUUUCAAGGGCUACUUGUGGCUUUAGCCAAAAUAAUCUCAUAGGUUCAGGGAGCAUUGGCUCAGUUUAUAAAGGGAUUCUGGAUGACAAGACGCUUGUAGCAGUGAAGCUGUUUAAUCAAUCGGAUGUUGGAUUUAAGGGUUUUGAUGCUGAGUGUGAAGUCCUAAAGAAUUUGCGUCAUAGAAAUCUUACUAAGGUGAUUACCGGUUGCUUUGUUGACAACUUUAAGGCUUUGAUCCUUGAGUACAUGCCUAAUGGAAGUCUUGACCAAUGGUUGCAUUCACAAAGUAACUUCUUGGAUAUUGUUCAAAGGAUGAAUAUAAUGAUUGAUGUUGCUUAUGCUUUAGAGUAUCUUCAUCAUGGCUACACAACACCUGUGGUUCAUUGUGAUUUAAAGCCCGCUAAUGUGUUAUUAGAUGAAGAAAUGGUUGCCCAUGUAUGUGAUUUUAGUGUGACAAAGUUAUUAACUAAGGAAGAGAGCUUCACGCAAACAGAAACGUUAGCAACAUUGGGUUAUAUGGCCCCAGAGUAUGGAUCGACCGGAAUAGUAUCAACAGAAUGCGACAUUUAUAGCUUUGGAAUUGUGUUGAUGGAAACAUUUUCAAGAAAAAGGCCCACGGAUGAAGCUUUCGGUGAAGAUAUGAGCUUGAGAAGUUGGAUAGGGGAUUCUUUACCUCAUCAUGUACUUCAAGUUGUAGAUCCCAACUUACUAGGGGAAGAUGAUAGAGACUUCAAUGUGAAAUUGUAGUGUGUAUCCUCUAUAUUGGAACUGGCAUUGAAUUGUGCUAUGGAGUCCCCUGAAAAGCGGUUAAAUAUGACAGAAAUCGUAGCAAAGUUGAAUGGAAUCAAAAAUCAGUUUUUACGAGGUGGUUAUGUGACAUCAAUGCUUGAUCAAAGUGCUUAAAGUUAGAUGAGGAAAUGAAAGAGAACGUCGUUUCUGAGCAAUAAUCAUUCUAGGCAAACGUUUAUCAAUUGGCUAUAACCCCUAGCCAUGGGAAGAGCAUCAUGUAUGAGUAUCUUAGCAGGAAUACAACAGUUUGAACAAAAAACUUUCUUCUGUAUUUGAGAAGUUGGAAAAGCUAAGAGCGAGCCUGAAUUUUUAACUAUUAUAUGUUUUGCUUUGCACGAGACUGUACAUUUAUUAUUUAUAUACAUUAUAUUUAACAUCAGAGUGUUGCUUUUUAUCCAUGUACUAAACGUCUAUUUUAAAGACUUCAUCAAGUUGAAUCUUCAUUACAUUA